AGGACUGGACAUUGCGUUAUGGAACGGAAGAAGAAUGAUGUCAUUAGCUUGUUAAAUAUUAAAAGGGGGCAUGUGGUGUAAAGUCGUUUGUGGUCUUCAUUUCUAACCUCUCCAAGUCCAUGCGUUUUCUUCUGAUCUGCAGUUUAGUUAUGACUAGGAGGAGGGCGGUGGUGUAAAGCAAGCAUCUGGGCUUGGGUCGCUAGAGCCCACUUCAUCAUCUGUAUCAAAACGAAGUUUCUCACGACUUUCCUGCCAUCGACCAGUUGAACAAGACGAUGCGCCUUUUCCAAACAGAGAGAACUUGAAAGUAAGUCAUCUAAGAAGUCGGGUCUUCAGUAUAUUGAAACACUGACAGCUACAUCUGAGAGACUGCGUAUAAGGGCGUCAAUAAAAUGAUCCAUCACAACAUAAACAAGAACGAGGAUAAUACUUUGAACAAUCUGGAACUACGCUUGUUGGGACAUAGCUGUAACUUGAACUGACUUGGAUCUAUUCUCUGCAGUCUCAUCGAAUCCAGUGGGAACUUUUUGUUCAGUUUUGGCACAUUACGGUUUGUUAUUUUUACGCACAUAUAUUUGCAAUUGAAGCAUGAUUUUAAAACCGCCAACAAGAUCACUGGAAGAAUGGACAAGUACCAGAGGAAUGCGUAAGACGAAAGACCAUUCCUGACACCUAAGCCAUAGGCUAUAAAUUGUUGAGGUGCCACCCAGUUGCAGUCACCAAGUUCAAACCGUUCACAUGCACCGUAAGUUUAAAGAAACUUGUUGGUGAACGGAAACGUAUUCAACCCUGAUGACUGACAAUUUGCCACUGAGACUCUAGAAAAGAGGGAGGGGAAUAAUAAACUGGAGGCGGUGGGGAAAUCACAUCUGGAAUUUGGAUCAUGGCAGCAGAAUGCAUUUGGCGAUGUGUAAUACUGCUCUGUGUCUUGGCAGUUGAGCUCGCCUUCUCAGACAUUUCCAGUGUCUCAAGCAAACAGUCGUUUUUCAGGAAGGAAAUAGCACUUUUAUCAGGCAAUACCACCAUCACCACCACAGAGCCCUGGAAGGUCAUGUCCACUAACCUUCAUCCCAACCUCUUUUUUGGCCAGGUUGAGAUGAGGUCAAUGAUAAAGAAAAUGACAACCACACACAAACAUAUUUUUAAAGUGAUUCAAAAAGCUGUUGAAACCAUGCUGUCUAGUCCUGCUUUGUACCUGCCACCAGAAAACCAUGAGGAAUUUGGCAGCAAAUGGAAUGAAAUCUAUGGAAACAACUUGCCCCCGCUUGCACUGUACUGCCUGCUUUGCCCAGACGAUUCUGCUGCAUCACAAUUCUUAGUGAAAUUUAUGGACAGGAUGGCUGAGUACCCAGACUGGAUGGUGACCAGUGCACCCACCGAUGAGGUCCCCAUGGCUCACUCACUCACUGGUUUUGCCACGGCAUACGACUUCAUUUACACCUACCUGGACACAAAGCGGAGGGUUCACUACCUGAAGAAAAUUCGCUCUGCCACUCAGGCCCUCUUUGAACUGUCCAAACACAGGGGAUGGGGGAAACAGUUCCUUCAGAACCACCAAACAACUAACAUCAUGGGUAUCCUUAUAGGUGCCCUUGUGGUGGGGGAACACGGUGACCCAGAGACUAUGAUGUGGAAGCAGGUGGUAGUGAACUACAUGGAGAAAACCAUGUUCCUUCUGAACCACGUUGUGGACGGGUCUUUAGACGAAGGUGUCGCAUAUGGCAGUUACACAGCAAAAUCAAUAACACAGUACAUUUUCCUUGCACAGCGCCACUUUCAAAUUGACAACACGCAAAACAACUGGCUGCGAGCGCACUUUUGGUUUUACUAUGCCACACUGUUGCCGGGCUUUCAGAGGACAGUGGGCAUUGCAGACUCUAAUUACAACUGGUUCUAUGGACCAGAGAGCCAGCUGGUGUUCCUGGAUGCCUUUGUCCUCCAAAACGGCAUGGGAAACUGGCUUGCUCGGCAGGUGAGGAGGCACAGGCCCAAGGAUGGGCCCAUGAUGCAGUCGGCUGCCCAGAGGUGGGCGACUUUGCACACAGAGUUCAUCUGGUUCAACGGCGAGCGUGACCCACAGCCUCCACCAGGUUUUGGGGAGGCCGCAAUGCACAUAUUCUCCAACUGGGGGGUUGUGACGUACGGAGCAGGACUGCCUUACAAAGAGGGCAACACGUUUGUCUCCUUUAAAUCGGGGAAGCUGGGUGGCAGGGCUGUGUACGAGAUUGUCCAUGCAAAACCGUACUCCUGGGUGGACGGCUGGACAAAUUUCAACCCAGGCCACGAGCACCCCGACCAGAACUCCUUCACUUUCGCCCCCAAUGGCCAGGUGUUCAUUUCAGAGGCGCUCUACGGGCCCAAGUACAGCUACCUGAACAACGUCCUAGUGUUCUCCCCCUCUCCAACAAGCCAGUGCAAUCAGCCGUGGGAAGGCCAGCUGGGAGAGUGUGGGAAAUGGCUGUCGUGGGGAGAGAAGGAAGUGGGGAGCUCCGCAGGAGAGUUGGUGGCGUCCGCCUCUCACCAGGAUACCCUGUUUGUCAGCGGGGAGGCAGUGUCUGCCUACUCCUCCGCCAUGAAGCUGAAAAGUGUCUACCGUGCCUUGGUACUACUCAACUCGCAAACCCUCCUUGUGUUGGACCAUGUGGAGAAGCGAAAGGAUUCACCUUUGCGUGCCCUCAGUGCCUUCUUUCACAACUUGGACAUUGACUUGAAGUACGUGCCCUAUAAAGCUUUUGAAAUGUUCCACGGGGCUCUGAUGGAUGUGUGGGAUGCACACUAUAAAAUAUUUUGGAUGAACAGUGACAGUUUCAGUCCCGUCGCCAGAAUACAGGAGGCACAACAGGUUGCCGAGUUUAAGAAACGGUGGACUCAGUUUAUCAAUGUCACUUUUCCCAUGGAAAAGUCAGUCACCAGAAUUGCAUACCUGAUGCAUGGGCCUUUUGUUACUGUGUCCAGCUUCAGAUUUAUUGACAACAGCAAAAAUGGUGUCAGGCUAUUGAUUAAACUGAAUGGCACAGAAACCAUUGUGUCAGUCAUAACAAACUAUCAAGACAUCAGUGCCAGAUUUAAGUAUUUGGGAUUCAGUGGUUUUGCCAAAAUAGAAAACAGCCAGCAAGUAGUAUAUUUUGGUCAGGGCAUUCAAACCGCACUGAAGGACAGUGAAUCAGAUUCCUUGUCACAUUUGGGAUUAAUCAUCACCUUAUUUUUUGGAUUAAUGUUUGUUGCCAUGGCAUAUGUGUGGAGAAAAAGGACAUUUAGCAUACAUUUACACUGGCUCCUGCGUAAAACCUUAAUUAUUGUUCUUCUGUUUUGGCUGUUUGAGCUUCUUGUUCUGUCAAACGGAUGUGCACAAAUCAUAUGCAGCACAAAACAAAGUAGCAGCAGCAAAGUAGACCACAGUGGUUCAGACUCUGCCUCUCUUUCCCCUCAAUUUGCAAGCACCCUGCCAUCCACCAUCAUUACAUCCCUGCCAGGCUCAGGGGCAGAGAUCCUGGAGCAGCUUUUUGCCAACAGCUCCGAUUUCGUCUACAUCAGAGUCUCCCCGUCCCAUUUGGACGUGCCAAAGACUGAGUUUGAGUUCAACGCCAUGGUCGACGCCUGUGAAUGGACCCAGGAGGAUGCCCAGAGAGGGCAAUUCAAAGCCAUCCAGGGCUGGUUUCACUCGGUGGUGCUCAACGUCAGGCUGCACCUGCAGAACAUUCAGAGCCAUCUCAGCAGUGACAGGAGCACGGGGAGGAGUCGCCUCGCCAAAAGGACCAAAGGGAAAAAAGUUGGACGGAAGCCACUGGCGCAGCAGAGUAGCAAAAAGAAAGGAAACGCAAGGAACCAGGACUACAUCAGGGAACUCUGGCGCCAUGUAGCAACAUACCAGAACGCCAGGCCCGUGCUGAACCUGGCCAGCGGGGGCUGGUCUCUGAAGAUGCCUUUCCUCCAGGAGGUCAUCGGUGCCUCGUUCCGCGCAAUACACGUGGUACGAGAUCCACGCGCAUGGAUUUACAUGAUGCUGUCAAGCAGCACACCAAGUCUAUACAGCCGAAAGAAUGUAAAGAAGCACCUUUCUGCUCUCUCUAUGCAAGCAGGCAAUGGUGGGGGUGGUGGUGGUGGUGGUGGUGAUGGGCAGGUAUGUACAAAGUUCUGCCCAGAGUUCCGGGCUGUGACACAGCAGCUCUCGCUGGCAGAGCCGGUGCCAGUGAAGGUCUUGGCACAUGUGUGGCUGGCCCACACUCUCGCUACUAUCAGGGUCAAUCGUGACAUGGCCACGGACAGCUUUAUGCGAGUGAAAUUUGAGGACAUAGUGCAUUUGCCAGAGGACACAGCUGGGAAGAUACACUCGUUUCUUGGAGUGCCUGUCUCCCCCUCGGCCUUAAAUCAGCUGAUAUACAGCACCUCCACCAACCUGUACAGUCUGAUGUAUGAAGGAGAUAUUUCACCAUCCAGCAUUAAUGUAUGGAAAGAAAAUAUGGAGUACAAUGACAUAAAAACUAUUGAGGAUAUGUGUUGGCCUGUAAUGCAGAAACUUGGUUAUAAGAAAUUUGUUAGCUAGUGCUAAGGUGUGUCUCUUUUAGAAGGUGGGUCUCUGCCCUUUGCUUUACUUUCUGCAAACUAGCUUUGGCUAAUUUACAGAUGCACACACAUGCCGAUAUAUUCAGCUUCUCAUGUUAGACGGCAUUAAGGAUGUAUGCACUAUUCGACAUGGAUGAUAUGUUAAAUGCAAAUCUGUAACUUUAAAUCUACUUGCACUGUCUGUUUACAGCUGAAACACAUUCACAGUAAAGAAUUUGUAAAAGAAUUAUGAAGACAGCCUUUUUGAUUGGAUAUGAUUAGACCCUAAUUUCUUAAUGACAGUGUGAUAUUUCACCUUUUUCAUUUACGGUACAGUAUCAGUAUGUGUCACUACUCUGCCAUAACGUGUAGGCCUGCUGUAAUUUUUACAGUAAUUUAAAUUAGUUGUAAGGCAAUUUGCCCUUUCAAUAUGGGUUCUUCUUAACAAGGUGAAGUGACACUUUUCUUAUGUUGUACCCAAUAAGUACACUAAUCUUUCUCUGUCUCUCUAUCUCUCCGUCUC